AUGCGAAUUCAAAGACUUUCAAGAAACGUUUCAGCUGCCGUUUUAUCUACCAGUUCUAUUUCAACACAAGUUUCGGUUUUGAAAGAGCUGCUUGAAAAUGCCAUUGAUGCGGUGGACAAUAAAACGGAACUAGAUGCAGAUGCAUAUGCUCAGAUACAAAUUGAGUUAGAUAAGGACUCUGCGGGCUUGGAUUAUAUGCUGGUACGUGACAGUGGAGUUGGUGUCAGUAAAAACGAUCGAAAUUUGAUGUGUCUCAAUUGUACUACAUCAAAACUUCAUUCAGUAGACGAUUUGUCAAAAGGGGUAAAGACGUGUGGCUUUAGAGGUGAAGCACUAAAUCUAAUUGCCCGAAUAUCAGAUACUAUGGUUAUUAGUACGAAAACUGAAGAAGACACAUUAGUUGAAAGUUGGAGCGUAAAUAAAUCAGGUUUGCCGAAUACCGAUGCCAAAAUGGUUCCAGGCGCCAAUGGCACAUCCGUGAAAGUUACUGGACUUUUUCACUCCACUCCUGUCAGAUAUAAGUAUUUGAAAGAGCAAAGGAAACGUUUGCUGAAGGCAUUAGAUGAAGUUGUUUUGACUUUUGCCGUUAUAUAUAGAAAGAUCAGAUUUCAAAUCAUAUAUGUCAAGUUUAGUCCCAAUGGGAGAAUUACCUUAGUGGAGAAUAAGACGUUUUCUAACAAAUUCAAUAGAGAGCAUUUUUUUUACGAUGCAUUAGAUGUACGAAAAAAGGGUUGGCUUGAAAAUUCAGAUCUUGUUUUCGAAAUACAUAAUAUGACACAAGGAAGUCUUGCUAUUUUCGCAAACGUCCUUCUACCCACUAUGACAGCUGAUUUUCCCAUCAUCAAAAAUUCUUUAAAGAUUCUAGCUGUCAACUCAAGGCCACUUAAUCUCUCUUUGAGAGUCGGAAAGUUAAUUUUGAGAAUGAUUAACGAAAUAUAUACAAGGAAUGGUCUUCUUAAACCCUGCGUUUGGUAUAUCUCUUUAACAUUCCCUACGAACAGCGUUGAUUUUAAUAUAGAACCAGAAAAGUCUGACAUCAUUAUAGUUAACGAAGAAAAGGUGCUCGAAAGGUUAUCUGAAGAGUUGAACAAAACUGUAAGAAAACAACACAAACUUGAGAAUGAAGAUGCUUUGUGUGCUCCUUCAAAAAGCCACCAAGCUUUAGAAUCGCAAAUUGCUAAUAAUAACUCGAUUGAUCAUGGUAUAACAAUUACUCAGAAAACCAGUGAAAAUAAGCCCGAACGCCCGUCCACAUUUGAAGAACUGGCAGAGCAUUUUGUUCAAUCAGAUGAUGAAUCUUUGGUGAGAGAGCUGGAGUCAACGAUAAAAAGUGUUCAAAUGCAGGCCAUAGAUAAUGGAUUAUCUUUUGAUAACCGCAAUGAAUUAGAUAUUUUACUUCCGUGCUCUGGGAAGAUUGGACCGAACACAAAGUCUGACAUAACAGAGAAUAUGUGCCUUGAUUCAACUGUUCAACAGAAGAAAGAAAAACAUCACGGAAAAACCAUUAUAAAUAGAGACUGUAAUCAACAGGAAAAUAGAGAGGAUACGAUCCAUAGUAUUGAUGAUGGUCAUUUUGGUAACUUUGAUAUCAGUGAAGGUGAUGAUGCAGAAUGGUCUCAUACGAUCUAUAACACCACUCGACUGUCUUCUGAGUUGGACGUGCCGAGUAUUUCCUUAAACCCUAAUAAGGAGCUAUCUCACCAACUGACGGCUUCUGUCCAGAAUUCCAGUUCCUUGGCAAACUUUUCUUAUGAAACUCAUGACAGUAGCAAAUAUGAUGGAAGCACCCUAGUAGAGCCUUCGACUCUUUUGGCCAAGCCAUUACGAGAUGCAGCUUUUGUAAAAUCGCCAUCUCCCUUAUCCCAUGCAAACACGGGCAAAACCCCCAAAAAACAGACCUCCCUAACCUCUUUUGGAACAUAUAUUCUUAGAGAACCACUAAAAGCUUCCACAGACUCUUCUGUCAUCAGGCUGCCUAGAAUAACAGAAUGCUCGAAACAUACCAAAGGUAGUGUUGUAAAGGUACCAUUUGAUCUUACCUUAGACUCAAAAAAUCGGAUAAUACAAUUAGAAGAUGACGAAAACUGGACAGGAAGAGAAGGAAUUCCUUCGAGUACCAUUCUUGAGGGAGCCUCGAAAUUGUAUGAAUCUACUUCUUAUAAUCCAUCUAGAGUUAAGUUGUUGAGGGAAGUAGGUAUUUACCGGUACGCCUAA